AUGGAAAUUGCGUCACAGCCAAUCGUAAGUGACGGCGUUUUGCAGUCGUUUCAAAUUUGUCUGGGAAUAACCGAGUUGGUUGCGGGUGUCUUGGGGGUGGCGUUCAACAUCAUCAACAUGAUCGUGUUCUUUCGACUAGGUCUCUCGGACUCGACCAACAUCUCGCUGGCUGGUCUCGCCCUGGCGGAUAUCGGGGUCUCCCUGACCAUGCUGUGCUACGGCGCCUUGAAUAAUCCACUCGUGUUCCGGACCGUGUCUGCACUGGACGCCGUAGAUGCCGUCAGAUACAUAGUACUGGGGAUUUCCCACAUCCUGUUUAGCCGAAUAGCCGGUCUGCUGACGGCUUUUAUAAGCCUGGAAAGAUUCUUAUGCGUUACAUGGCCCCUGCACGUUAAAUCCAUCGUCACGACCCAAAGAACGAUCUUCGUAGUUUUAAGCGUUUACGUUUUCAUGGUGUCCGGUAACAUUCCUACGUGGCUAGUGAACCGGAUAGGUCAGAGGUUAAACCAAAGGCUAAACGUCACAACCGUAGGACUUAUUUCCUCUCCGAAUGCUGAAGAGCUGGAAAACAUAACGAUCGUCAUCAACGUAACCGUCCAGAUGACGUCAUUUGCCAUCGUCGUCGUCUCGACUGCAUGCAUGAUAAACUCUCUGCGCAAAGUCGCCGAAUGGAAAAAAUCCUCAAACCUCUUCACAGGUCACACGUCCAGCAGAGACAAGCAGCUGGUCAGGAUGGUCGUUUUGAUAUCGGCUGUCUUUAUCGUCUGUUCCUUCCCGUCCGUGCUGGUCAACGGUGUUAUGCCGUUUUUCAAGGAGUUUAAGAUCAAGGGACGAGAGAAGAACCUGUUCAUCGUGACGACUGGUUUCUGCUUCAUGUCACAGCUGGUCAACGCUAUCGUUAAUAUUUGUAUUUACUUUUCAAUGAGUUCAAGAUUCCGUCGCACCUGCCUAGUUAUGUUUAAGUUUAAG